UUUUUUUCUUUUCUUAAUGCCCUGUUCAUGCGUUCACUUCAGACAGGCCUUUUAUCGGAACAUAUGCAUGUUUCUGAACGUAGCGGCAGACCGGUUUCGUUCCUUUGCCUUUGAUUGAACGCCGCGGCGCCGAGUUCGAAUUACGAAUUUCAAAUCAGUCCGGUGCAAGCCGUUGUGGAGCGCGCUUGUGUCCGUGCAUAAUAAAACAGAAGAAAAUGUUUACGAGUGAAGUUUGAAUAUAAACAAAGUUUUAAACUGUUUUAAUAUGACAAUUGUUGUUGUGUUGUGAUAUUUAGCUGUGUUGAACAUGUCUCGGAUUGUUAGCGUGUUGUUUUUGGCCGCUCUGGUGGCGGGCCAGGAGGAGGAAGGCGGGAGGUGCGAGAGGAUCAAGCUGCCGUUGUGUCAGGAUCUGGGGUACAACUGGACAGCCAUGCCCAACCUCAUGGGGCAUCGGGAUCAGAAGGAAGCAGAGGAAGCGAUGACCGCAUUCGCCGGCAUCCUCUCGAGCGGCUGCUCGCCGCACGCGCGCUUCCUGCUGUGCUCGGCCUUCGUGCCACUCUGCACCAAGGAGGUCUCCGGCUCCGUCAGCGCCUGCCGCGCGCUCUGCGAGACCGUCGCCGACGACUGCAAGGAACAACUCAAGACCCUCACCAACUUGAACCUAGACUGCACUGCCUUCCCGCUCAGAGCGGACAGGAGACUCUGCAUGCGGCCGCCUAACGCCAGCGAAUCGGAGCCAGAACCACCACCGCCCCCAAGGUGGCCUUUCCACGAACAAGAUUUACGCGAACACGGCUGCCCGCCGGCCCACACUAGAGCACCCACAGGAGAGUGCUGGCCGGCGUGUGGACAACCAGCCCAGUACACUCAAAGCGACAAGCGAACAGCUGAAAUCCUGAUGACUACGCUCGCUUGGUUCUCAUUAUUAUCGACCUCUUUCGCGUUGCUGACGUUCUGCGCGGAACCGUCGAGAUACCGCUACCCGGAGAGACCGGUAGUUUGGAUGGCGGCGUGCCACGCCAUUAUAGCCUUAGCGUACGUAGCGCGCGGCUGGCUGGGAGCUAAGCUAGUAUCAUGCUCUGGAACAACACUUGCCGUCGACGGUUUAGCAUCAACUACAUGCGUAGCGUUCUUCUCUGUAACGUACUAUUUCACGCUCGCCGCUGAUGCUUGGUUCGCGAACGCUUGCGUCGCGUGGUACCUAACUGCCGCUAGCGAAUGGUCGACAGAAGCUCUGGAGAGGGCCGCAGCGUAUCUCCACGCAGUUUCAUGGGGCUGGGCCGGCGCGUGGACAGCGGCAGCUUUAGCCUUGAGAAGAGUAACAGCAGACGAGCUGACAGGGACGUGUGUUGUAUCAGACGCGGCCGCUGCCGCUUUGAUCGGGGUGCCUAGAGGCGCGUUGCUUGUGACAUCGAUCGCGCUUGCCUUCGGCGCGUGUCCAGGCAUUAUGAGGGUGCGAAGAGCUUUAGACUCGCGAGGCGCAAAGCGCGUCGGAAGGCUUGCUGCUCGCGCGGCCGCCUGCGGAAUACUAUAUUUAGUCUUAGCUGCUGCUGGUACGGCAGUGAGAGUCUACGAAUCUCGCUUAAGAGAAACGCAGUCCGGCCUAGCCUUACUAGCGGCUCUAGAGUCCGGGAACCAAGAGGAAACAGUCGGAUCAAACGGCCUCUCUAUCUGCCUGUGGCUCGCUUGCGGCAUAGCGGCAGGCGCGUGGGCGUGGUCGAGGAAAUCAGCAGUUGUCUGGAAGAAAGCGCUCUGCCCCCCUCGCAAAGCCCCUAGCUACUCCCCACCCCUUCUUAGAACUCAUCACCCCUACUAUAAGAGACCGUUACAUGUGUCCAGAGUAUGAAUCUGUGUGAAAUGUUAAGUGCCUAAUUAUGCCUUCUGUGAAGGCGCUCUCGAUUGUAAAACUGUAAAUAAUGUAAAUAUAUAUUAUACUGUUGAUUUUUGAUACAAA